UCAUACAUCUGAAGUUACUUCGAGUAACACCAUCGAUCGAGUACAUUCUACAAUGGCCUCCGGCGGCAAGGGCCUGCUGGCUGGUUCGUUCCUGCGAGCGGCGGCGCUGGGUCUGGUGGUUCUGGCGUCGGCGGCGCCGGUGGCUCGGUCGUGGAGCAAGGAGGGGCACAUGAUGACAUGCCAGAUCGCGCAGGGUCUGCUGGAGCCUGACGCGGCGCACGCCGUGAGGAACCUGCUGCCGGAGGACGUGGGCGGCGACCUGUCGGCGCUGUGCGUGUGGCCGGACCAGGUCAGGCACUGGUACAAGUACAGGUGGACCGGCCCGCUCCACUUCAUCGACACCCCUGACAAGGCCUGCACCUUCGACUACUCGAGGGACUGCCACGGCCCCGAUGGCGCCAAGGACAUGUGCGUCGCCGGCGCCAUCGCCAACUUCACGUCCCAGCUCCUGCACUACAAGCACGGCAGCGCCGAUCGCAAGUACAACUUGACCGAAGCACUCCUGUUUCUGUCGCACUUCAUGGGAGAUGUUCAUCAGCCGAUGCAUGUGGGGUUCACGAGCGACCAAGGCGGUAACUCCAUAGACCUGCGGUGGUUCAGGCACAAAUCCAACCUCCAUCAUGUGUGGGACAGGGAGAUCAUACAGACUGCUCUCGCUGAGUUCUACGACAAGGACAUGGGCACCUUCCGGAAGCAACUUGAGCACAACCUCACCAAGGGCACCUGGUCUGACGAUGUAUCAUCAUGGGGAGACUGCGAGGACCUCUUGUCGUGCCCAACCAAGUACGCGACGGAGAGCAUAAACUUGGCGUGCAAGUGGGCCUACAGCGGCGUCCAUGGAGGGGAAACCCUAUCCAACGACUACUUCGAUUCGAGGCUCCCGAUCGUGUCGCGGCGGAUCGCGCAGGGGGGAGUGCGGCUGGCCAUGUUCCUCAACCGGAUCUUCAGCCAGCACAACCGUGACGUUGCAGCGCCAUCCUGACCAAUUACAACCUGAUGAAGCCACACGCCCACACUUGUAACCUGACAUCGUCUCUGUUGCAUCUAUCCAUGCUAAUCCCGUAAUUCGCGUGUUACAUGACUCAUGAUGGAAGACUAGCUUGAGCAUGUACUCCAUACGAACAACAAAUUUUAACGACAAGUAUAUCCAUUGACACUUGUGCA